GCCACAAAAAACCUGUACGGAAGCCAGUUCCCUGUAUCUGCAACAGCAAAUAUGCAGCGUUCAUUUUGAGAAUGCCAGGAGCAUGUGCAUUUUGGAGCCCUUGCAAACGUGAGGCUCCACAGCAGCUCCGAAUAUGAGGUUCGGCACAGGAAGUCCUGGAGAAUCAGGGGCCCUCUGGAAGGAGUGCUCCACCUGCUGCCGCCGGCCCUGCCCUGGCUUGGCAGCCUGCCCUUCGAACGGAGCGUCACGGCAAACAGCCAGCAGGAAUUCAGGGCCCGUUUCCAGCUUUGCCCUCCCUAGCGAGGUCCCAUCCUUCACGGAUGCCAUGUCCACAAACAAACAAACCAAGAGAAAAAGAAGAGGGGAAAAGAAACUGUGGUGGCCGGGAAAGGGCAGGUUGAGAGGCUGGUGGGGAGGCCCCACCCCUCCCUGAGCUAACAGAGCCCGCCCUGGGUACAGGACGGUUAUAAAUCACCCCUGAGCUUGGGUUCCUCUUUGCUCAAAGCCACACGCCUAGAGAGCGACAGGCCGUCAUCCAGCCGCUCUCAGGAAAGCAGCGACAACCCACUCCACGGCGGCAAGAUGUCGAUGGGCCUGGAGAUUGGCGGGGUUGCCCUCUCUGUCCUGGGCUGGGUGGGCUGCAUCUUGUGCUGCGCGCUGCCCAUGUGGAAGGUGACAGCCUUCAUCGGCUACAACAUUGUCACUGCGCAAUUCACCUGGGAGGGUCUGUGGAUGGACUGCGUGGUCCAGAGCACCGGGCAGAUGCAGUGCAAGGUCUACGACUCCCUACUGGCACUGGGGUCAGAUAUCCAGGCUGCCCGGGCCCUGGUCGUCAUCGCCAUCGUCCUGGGGGCACUGGGGAUCCUCAUCUUCCUUAUGGGGGCAAAGUGCACCCGUUGCAUCGAGGACGAUUCCACCAAGGCCAAAGUCACCAUCACCUCUGGAGUCAUUUUCCUGCUGGCUGGCAUCCUGACCCUCAUCCCGGUCUCUUGGUCAGCCAACCAGAUCAUCCGCAACUUCUACAACGCCGCCGUUCCCGAGCCCUUGAAGCGAGAACUGGGGGCAGCCCUCUACAUCGGCUGGGCAGCCUCUGCCCUCUUUCUCUUUGGGGGCGCCUUGCUCUGCUGCUCCUGCCCCCCCAAGGAGGAGAGGUACAGGCCCACCAAUGUGGCCUACUCGGCACCCAAGUCAACCGUGACCAGCUACGACAAGAAGAACUAUGUGUGAAGCAGAAGGCCACCCGUUGCAUGUGUGGCUUUCGCGAUGCCGGCCACCAGGACCUUCCUGUCCUUCACCUUUGCUUCCUCUGGGAAAGAGGAGCCACCCAGAGGAAGAAGAAAUGUACAGACACCUGUUCAGUUUAGCCUUUGAGGACUCUCCUUGUGUACCAUGGUGGGCUGUAGCCCCAGGCCUCCCCCAGAGAGGUCCUCCAAAGAGGAACAGACUUUGCUGCCUCCAUCUUCCUACUCGUUCUGUGGAUGUUGUUGGCCUUUGACAUCAAUGCGCUCCCCACUUCCCUUCUGGGACUUCCACCACAAACCUUGGCCAAUUGAACCCCCAAUCCCCAUUUCCGUCCCCCCUCAAGACUGGCACAGGGGCUGCGCACGGUUUGUAUAAGUCUAGAAGGUUCCAAACAGUCAGCCUGCUGGGCACUGUGCCGUUUGCUGUUUGACCCCCUUGUUGGGCCGCCAUGUUCUCUGCCGUGGAUUAUGUUGUGUGGGUUUUUUGGGUGUGUGUGUGUUAAUUUGUUGUUUUUCCUGAGGGGUGCUCUGGGAAACCAAUCAAGGGACCGGGAGAGGGACAUGAUAAUUUUCUGGGACAGAAGCAGCCCCCCCCCCCAAGAGUCAUUGUCUGUGUUUGGGUCGACCUGUCGGAAAUGAUUUGGAAAUGGACAGAUGAUGGUUGACAGGUCAAAUCUGUUGGGCCCUGGGAUGAUGAAACAGGCCCCAUUGUAAAGUUCAGGGGGCCACUUGUGGGGUGUCAGUCUGGAUUGGGCCCAACAGGCAGACUUUCCUGCGAAGGACAGGCUUUCCGGGCAGAAUGCCGAUGGCUGCAGAAGUCUUUUUUUUUUCUAGAGCCCAGCGUAGAAAGAAUCUGCGCUACCUCAUGCCCUGAGGUAAUGGCCCUUGCCGAAAUAAACGGUCCUGUCCAAGAAAAGGGAGGGAAAUCAGUUGUUGAGGGGCACAAAUUGGAGGCUGAAUUUGAGCACUUGGAGGCAGGCAUUUCCCUGAAGCAGAGAAGCUCUUGGUAGGUUGCCAAGCUGAGGGACAAAGAUGGCAGCCGGCCUUUGCCUUGCUGUCACGCCCUACCCUCUCGAGUGGGAACAGCCUUGCCUUGCCUGCUGCCGUGAGGGGACAAGCUGCCCAGCUCUGUGGGGAUGCCCUGCGGUGGCAACCAGGGGGAAGAAGAAGGCAGAGGGAUUGAUAAGAAGCUGCUGAUGGCGGGUCCAGCCGAGCAAAGUCCAUCUUGACAGACAGUGGUUCUCUAGAGCCUUCUCCCAGCCCUCCUCCGGGAGAUGUCAACGAGAAGGGAUGCUUGCGGCAGCGUUGAUGGUGGUGGUGAUUGUGGGGAACCUUUGUUACACAUGCUUGAGGGCAACUCCGCGUUCCUCCUUUGGUUUGUGAUAUAAUAAGUUAUUUUCUUCCUUUCAUUCCUUGCCCCUUUUUCUGCACAAUAAAACUCUGUU